AGCUGCAGGUGGUUGAUGGGGUUUUGGUGUUUGUGGUGUCUGCCGAAGGAGCUGGAGCAGAUGGCGAAGGAGCAGGACAAGGAGUCGGAGAAACAGGCCUUGCUGCGGGAGGUGGAGAACCACAAGAAACAAAUGCUCAGCAACCAGGCAGCUUGGAGGAAGGCAAAUCUGGCCUGCAAAAUUGCUAUUGACAACUCUGAGAAAGAUCAGCUGCUACAGGGAAGAGACUCCUUAAGACAAAGGAAGACUACGAAGGAAAGCCUGGCAGAGAGUGCAAGUAACAUCACAGAGAGUCUGAUGAGCAUCAGUAGGAUGAUGUCUCAGCAAGUGCAGCAGAGCGAGGAGACCGUGCAGACCUUAGCCAAUUCUUCAAGAACCAUCCUGGAGGCAAAUGAGGAGUUCAAGUCCAUGUCUGGGACGAUCCAGCUGGGGCGGAAGCUCAUCACCAAGUACAACCGCAGGGAGCUGACGGACAAGCUGCUCAUCUUCCUGGCCCUCGCCCUCUUCCUGGCCACAGUGCUCUAUAUCUUGAAGAAAAGACUCUUUCCGUUUUUGUAAAACAACACUAAGCUGAACUAUUAAAAAAAAAAAAAAGAGAAUC